AUGGUGAUCGUUGAGGGGAUUGCGUUCGCGGUGCUCCUAAUUUUGGCUCAAGAAUCAUUAGUCACUAGGGCAAAACGCAUUAAACCAAUACCGGAUUAUUUACCUGGCAAAGUUGGCGAAAUAACAGCUGAGGACGGGUUGGGACGUGUAGUUGGUGGCAUAACCGCAGAAGAAGGCUUGGCUCCCUAUCAGGUAUCUUUACAGAAUUUCUGGGGUCAUUAUUGUGGUGGAGCCAUAAUUGCCGAACAAUGGAUUCUCACAGCUGCUCAUUGCGUUGUGACCAAAGAUUUGGAGGAUAUUUUGGUAAUGACGGGUACACAAAAUCUGGAGGUGCCAGGUAUAACCUACCAUGUAGAUAAGGUCCAUGUCCAUUGUAACUACAAUAAACCGGAUAUGCACAAUGAUAUUGCCCUGCUGCAUUUGAAUGAGAGUAUUGUGUGGAAUGAGCGGACACAACCUAUAUCUUUACCCACCCGACCCAUGAAAGAUGGGGCCGAUGUCCUACUCACCGGUUGGGGCCGAGAAGAGGUAUGGGGUGAACCACCAGAUCUUUUGAAAAAAAUCAAUUUGAAAUACAUGGAACACGGGCGUUGCAAGGCAGCUUUGAAUAAUGACCCCGAUGUGGAUGUUGGCCAUAUUUGCACCUAUACCAAUGUGGGAGAGGGCUCGUGUCAUGGUGACUCGGGAGGUCCUUUGGUCAGUGGUGGAUAUUUGGUAGGUCUGGUCAACUGGGGUAUCCCAUGUGCUGUGGGCUAUCCAGAUAUGCAUGCUAGUCCGUUGUACUACAAGAAUUGGAUACGAAUGAUAAUGAGUGGCAAUAGACAAUGUUGA